UUCCAGGCGCGCUCAGUUAUUUAUGAGCACAGCGCGCGCCUACCAGCUCACAACCCAACCAGACCUAAACGCGCAAGCAUAUAAACUAUGAGAUAAACCAUACAAGGACCAUUUCAGUGGGACUAUUGUAAAUGCCAUUAAGGGAAUCGGUUUGGAAUGAAAGUAUUUGGUCCAGUUCACAAACAAAAUAUUUAUCUUAAUCAAAUAUAAUGAGAGGUGAAGACGCAUCCGGCACUGUCCUCCACAGACUGAUCCAAGAACAGCUUCGCUAUGGAAACCCCACAGACGCGCACACACUCCUGGCCAUCCAGCAGCAGGCCCUGCGACGGGGAGGAGGUGUUGAAGGUGGCAGCGGAGGAGCUUGUUCUCCCCAAUCCUCAUCUGAGAGCCUCAGUCAGGAGGAGCCCCAGUCCCCUCAGCUCUCUGCCCGUCAAGAGCCGCAGGGCCAAGAGCACCAGGUUGACUUCCAGCACUCUGAGAACUACAAAUCCUACCCGCACCAUGUUGAGGAGCUGCCUACCUACGAACAAGCUAAAGCUCAUUCCCAGUAUUUGGCCACACAGUGGUGCCAGCCGCACAGGGUCUGCUCUCUACAGGAUGGUGUAAACAGCCAGAAACCUUUUGAGGAGGAAGGUACCUGGGAUCAGAAACGAGGCCACGCACGGUCACUCAGUGAUCGACUUCUACAGCUUUCCAUGGACCGCAAUGCUAGCAAUUCAAUUCCUGCAACUGCUUCUUCUGUUGGCUGCCCCUAUAGUUUUCCACAUGGAUAUCAUUCAAACCAGCACUUAACACAUAGCCAGGGUUUGGAUUACUAUAAGCAGGGAUCUCAAGUGCAGUCUCAAGGAUACGUGCUUAGACAAGGGCUGGAGUAUGAGCAGUACCACAAACCACCACCACCAUUCCAUUCUCACCUCAACAGAAAUAGCCCACCUAUGCAGUCACCGGACGCAUGCCAUACAUACUCCACGUCUCCCCCUGUGGGCAGGGAGGUGUCCGCUUGCAGUCGCAGUCAACUGGAGAUGCUCGUGCAGGAGAAUAAGAGGCUGAGACAGGAGCUGGAGGGAAACACUGAAAAGGCCCUUAAAAUUCAGAAGCUGGAACAAGAAAUCCAGAGGAUCUCAGAGGCCUAUGACACAUUGAUGCAGGGCUGUGCUAAAAGAGAAACUCUGGAGCAAGCCUUACGGAACAAGCUCAUGGGUGAAAUCAAGAGACUGCAGCAUUCAAACAUUCAAGUGGCAAAAGAAGCCGAGGCUGCAGACCACAACCAGCAUGUUAUCAUGAAGCUCCUUUCGCAGAAUGAUGAACAGCAGCUUAAAUCUGCACGUCUGGAGCAGGAGGUGCAGCAUCUGCGAGAUGAAGCCGAGCAGCAUCUGCGCAGAAGUGAGUCUCUGGAGGCCACCCUUAGGUCCACGCAGACGCGCAGCCAGCAGCUGUGGACCGAGCUGCAGAGAAAGAAUGCAUAUGUAGAGAAGGUUGAGCGUCUGCAGGGGGCUCUGGCUCAGCUGCAAGCAACUUGUGAGAAAAGAGAAGGCUUGGAAACGCGCCUGCGAACGCGGCUAGAGCAUGAACUGCGCAGCCUCCGUAAUCAACAGAGACAGCCUCAACCAAUCAAUGGAGCUCGCAUGAGCGUGUCCAAUCUUGAGGAGAUUCUGCUAGAGAAAGAAGAGCGGAUUUUGUCCCUGGAGGCUGACAAGAUGCGCUGGGAGCAGAAGUACUUGGAAGAAAAGACCAUGAGGGAGUUUGCAAUGGAUGCUGCUGCGACCGCCGCAGCUCAGAGAGACACAACCAUCAUCAACCAUUCACCGUGCCAUUCCUCAAACAGCAGUUUCAAUGAGGAGCUGCCAUCAUCUGAGUACAGGAACCAGGAGGUGGAGAACAGAAUCCGUGCUCUGCAUGCCCUGAUCCUGGAGAAGGACACAGUGAUCAACACGUUAAAGCAGAGGAUGGAUAAGGAGUCAGGAUUCCUCCGGCCAGCCAGCUCUGAGCCCUCCAUCAGCACCUCUCAUCCCACUGGCCAGUGCAAAGGAAAGAGUCAUUCAGAUGACCAGACGUCAGGCACGUCACAUUUCUCAUGCUCGCAUGUAACUACACCCGGACAGUCUGAGCCAGUGAAACACGCUACAGGUCAAGAUCACAGCACAGAGUCCAACCUCAAAGAAACACGGCAACGACCAUCCCCUGUGGACCUUUUUAAAGGCUUGGAUGAUGUGGAGGCCGAAGCAGUGGAGAUCUUCAUAUGAUUGAUAAAAGGUGGAUCAGAUGAGCUGGCGUUGGGAAUAAAUGCAAGACUCUUUUGUGGUGAAAAGCAAUUCUGGCUAAAUAACCGCUGCUCAACGGUCUCCUGUGAAAGAGGGAGCUGCGCUCUCCUCACAAACUGAGGUGAAUGGACCGCUUGAGCAGAAAAUAAAACAUUUGCGAGUGUUAAAAGUUUCAAGGCACAGUACAUCUCCAUGGUUGCAUUUUGUAAUUUGGCUGGAUACGGCAGUGGACUUGUUUAUUGGCUGCUGGUGAUGAUAAUACUAUGUUUUCAGUAUUUAUACAAAUCCCAUACAGGAUCAGACACAAAUUUAUGAAUUGAGUUUAGGACCUUGUGGGUAUCUUUCUAUAGCCUACCUCUUUUAUCUGAUAGGAGAUCACCAUUCCAUUCUCUUUCCUCUGAGCAGACCUGUGGUAACUUCACCACAUUCCAGUACAAUUGAAUUCCUGAGGCUCUCGCAUGUACUUUUCUACCCCGCCUUCACUGAUUGUUAUAAACGGUGAAACAUUUUUCUCGUGUUUUUGUAUUUAUGGCCGCAACGCCCUUCAGCGAGGUAAUUCUUUGACAUUCUACAAGGCAGGAGUGCCCUCGUUGCAUUUAUAGGAAUGGCACGCUUUAUGUUGUCAUGUGAAAAACAACGCAUAUUCAUUUGUUUGUCUGAGGGAAAACUGAUUGUACUAUAUUGUAAUCUUCUUUCCUGUAUUUUUCUUUGUUUAAUGUUUGUGUUUUUACACUCUUAAAAGGCACAUUUGCUGGUCAAGGUGUUAAAGAGAGUAUGUUAUUGUGUUAUAAACAGCUGCGUACUGGUCUUCACAGUUACUCUGUUUCAAAGUAAAAUGUUAAUAUAUUUUGUAAGCUGAGAGAUAAUUUUGUGUUGUUGGAAUGUUACACUGAGGAACGAUGCCAAAGAGCAUUUCAGUAAUGUUGUGUGUUCAGAACACAUGGCUAAAGGUUGACCUCUCCUAUUUAAACCAUUAAAGAUGUGAAUGCUCUGAAACAUUUCAUAAAUCUACAAUAAAGUUAUUAAUAUAUACAAA